AUGAAGUUCUUGGGUGCUGUAUUGUCACUCUGGCUCUCUACAGUAGUCAACGGCGACAAGGUCAUUGUGGCCAGCGCUUCCGGUGUAUCCUACCUUGGUGUUCGAAACUCAACCGGUAAUCAAGACGUAUUCUUUCGCAUUCCUUACGCUAAGCCAUCUGUUGGGGCAUUGCGGUUCAAGCCUGCCCAGACUUGGGCUCCAGAAAGCAAUAACUCCAUUGCCGAUUUUCUGAGGAUUGUCUCCACCUCAAUCUAUGAAGGCCAAGUAAUGUUACCACGAAGCUACCAGUUACGGUAUGGAUAUGAAAAACCUGUUAUAUAUGUAGCCAUGAACUACCGCCUUGGUAUCUAUGGGUUCCCGCCGGGUACACAAUCCGAAGUAGCUGGUGCACUCAAUCUUGGUCUGAAGGACCAGCGCUUGGCCCUUGAGUGGGUAAAGGAGAACAUCGCUUCAUUUGAAAGGGACCCGGAGAGAGUAAUGAUAUUCGGAGAAUCGGCUGGAGAUAUGAGUGUGGCAUAUCAGAUGAUGUAUAAGGACGGAAACCAUGGUGGCAUAUUCCGCACUGCUCUCAUGGAAAGCGGUGCUCCUUCAACACACGCUGCGCUGCGCGCCUCAUACCCGGCUCGACAAGCUUCUUACGACUUCAUAGCUAAUGCUACAGGAUGUGCCUCCGAUAAUUUCGAAUGUUUACGACAUGCGAAUACAGAUACACCGAGGGAGGCGAACUAUAAUUCAUUUAAGUUACCACCUGGGCUCAAGUCGCCUGACCCAUAUCCAUCCGCUGUUGGACCUACUCUCUCAUCUGGAGACUCUUUUUUAACUCGCCCUCCCAAAGAAACAAUCCGACGAGGAAAUUUUACUCGAAUUCCUUUUGUAUGCGGCACAAGCUUAGACGAGGGUACCAUGUUUACAACCAACCCCGCAACAACUGAAGACGUAGUGUUUUUCCUCGCGAUUCAAUUGCCCGCUCACACGUUUGGCGUGAUCAACGAGACGACCGCGAAGCGAUUGCUCGAAUAUUACCCCGAAGAUCCUAGUGCUGGUUCACCUUAUAAUACCGGGAAUGAUACGUUUGGUAGAGCCACUCAGUAUAAAAGAGCUGCAAGUGUUCUUGGCGACUUGCUAUUUGAGGCCCCUCGGCGGGACUUCGUGCAAGUUGCGAACAAGUUGGGUGUCCCCGCAUGGUCAUAUCAGUGGGCCCUAACAGGUCUUCGAUUGCCUGAAUUCGGGGCCAGCCACGGCUUUGAGCUUGGGUUGAUCUUCUUUAAAGAAUACCCAGAGAGGGCAACUCAAUCCUUCAUUGGCCUAAGCGCGGCUAUGAUCGAUUAUUGGGUCACCCUCGCCUAUAAACUUGAUCCAGGAGCACCUACUGAUCCCAAUUUAUGGGUCUUCUGGUCAGUCCCUGAAGUUUGA